AGGCUGUAGGUCAAUCCUUGCGGGUGCUUUUAUUGGAUGUGCCGCUGUCAAGCAGUGCUGAAGAAUUGGAAGGGCAAACGCCAGAAAAGGCAGAGAAAAGACAAACAUAAAAUCAGCAUUAUGUAGCUCGGUCCUGCCUUACCUCCGCUCUCGUUCACCGUGAAUAUUCCUGCCGUCCCCGAUCUCAGAUCCGAAACUUGUGGACACGGAGCGGUCUUGUGGUUUUUUUUUUUUGUUGUUGUUGUGUGUGUUUUUUUUUUUUUUUUUUUUUUUUUUUUUUUUUUUAGAUUUUUCUCUCUGUGUCUCUCAAGCGAUUGCAUUCUCCAAAGCUGGUACCUCCACAUAUUGCAAUCUUACAGCCUCUACAUCCUUUUUUUUCCCCCUCCAGAAUGAAAGAAAAUCGUGGAGCCUGGUGACACUGUGGCACACUGCACCCGGGUUUGGUCCUCUUAUACCAGGCGGAUCAUCCUCAACCGGGCAGCGGAUGCCUUAAUGGAGAUUUGCAAGCCAUCCACCAAGAUUUCUCCGCUUCCUAAAUUGCUGAAUGUGGGCUGAUAAAUGGAGUGUUCUGUCGGACUACAUAGGCUAAUGACAUUAUGUUUGACGGAGGGUGUUUGACAUCGGAGCGACUGGCCAGAAUAACACCCUGCAGUGUGAAUAUUUCAGCCUGUUGAUGAUGAACCGCUCAGGACUGGAGCAAAGUGUCGUGAGAACCGGUUUAUGGCCCGUGUCUUGAGCUGAAGUGUGCAACCAGAUUGUUUAAGUGAGAAAGAGAGAGAGAGAGAGAGAGAGAGAGAGAGAGAGAGAGAGAGAGAGAGAAAAAAAUAAGCAUCAUUUUUUGAUGGCUCCGGGGUGGGGGAGGACGACUACACAUGAAACCUUGGACACAAAAAUGGAUAAAACUAUUGCAUGAAGCUGGCGGGGUGGGGGGGACUGCAUGGUUUGUUGGUUUGUUUGUUUGUUAGGCCUACUUGAUAACAGUGAAGUUGAGGAAAAAUGAGAAAAUGGUGAUGUGGUACGAAGAAGGCGAGAAUUGGAGCCGGAGUGAGGGAUAAAAAAAAAAAAAACGUCCAUGGGGAUCUGAGCAGCCCAGCUGAAGAAUAACGGGAUCCAAGUUUUCGAGGAUAAGACAGCUGCUUUGAUUAAAGACCUCCAAUUAACUUCAUGUGAAAAAGAGAGGGAGGAAAUCAGCUUCCUGGUCGGGGGGUGGGUGAUAGAGAGAUAUAUUAUUCAUGCCUUGUGUUAGAGCAAUUGGAGAACCGGCUUUGCUGUGGCCUAGAUGAUACAUAUAGCAUGUAUAUAUGUAUUUCUAUAUAGCCUAUUUAAAAAAAAAAAAAAAAAAAAAAAAAAACCUUAGGAGGAAGAGUGGACCUUGAAAAAAAACAAACAAAGAGAGGGCGAAUGACACUCGGGUAGCCUCAAAGUAAAGCACUUGCACAAAAAGAAAAAGGCUGAAGUGGGUUGAAGCAUGGGCUGUGCUUCAAGUAUUCAUAUCUCUGAUAGGGUGGUCUACCACGGUGGAAAAGAGUCCGAGGAUUCCCACUCACCCCAGCAGACUAAUACCACUCAGCUUCAAGGAAAUCCUGCCUCGGGACUACCCCUAAAACCCCUGAGCUGCAAGACCACAUUAACAGAGGUGCAAUUUGGACCAAUGAAGUUAUUUAAAGACCCACUUCAGGUACUUUUAGUUUUUGCCAAAGAGGACAGUCAGAGUAAUGGCUUCUGCUGGGCAUGUGAGAAGGGCAACUUCAGGUGCAGCAUGGCACGAACACCCGAGUCUGCUCUUGAAUGCUUUUUGGAGAAGCAUCAUGACCUCGUCAUCAUUGACCACAGACAUUCCAGACACUUUGAUGCUGAAGCACUAUGCCGGUCAAUUAGAGCGGUCAACUCUUCAGAAAACACUGUGAUAGUCGCCGUUGUGAAAAGGCCAGACAGAGAAGAAGCCUCUGUGAUGCCCUUGAUCAAUGCCGGCUUUAAUAGGAGAUACGUGGAGAAUGCCAAUAUGAUGGCCUGCUAUAAUGAGCUGCUACAGUUGGAGCAUGGAGAGGUGCGGGCGCAGUUCAAACUGAGGGCUGGAAAUGCUAUUUUCACAGCUCUAGAACAAAGCCAAGAGGCCAUAGAGAUCACUUCUGAAGAUCAAAUAAUUCAGUACGUGAACCCUGCCUACGAGUCCAUUAUGGGCUACCAACAAGGCGAGCUCAUAGGGAAGGAAAUAAUGGAAGUGCCUAAAAGUGAGAAGAAUAAGCCUGAUCUCCUUGAAACAAUAAAUUCCUGCAUACGGAAAGGAAAGGAGUGGCAGGGGAUUUAUUAUGCCAAAAAGAAGAAUGGAGACAGCAUUCAGCAAAAUGUGAAGAUCACACCUGUAAUUGGACAGGGAGGAAAAAUCAGACACUAUGUGUCUAUCAACCGGCCUUUAAAUGAUAAUAAUAAGAGUGAUAAAUCCACUGAACGUGUGCAGGCAGAGUCUCAGACAGACAUCCAAUCCAGUAAGCACAAAGACCGGAGGAAAGGCUCUCUGGACGUUAGAUCCACAACGUCUCGGGGGAGCGAUGGGAGCUCACAGCGCAGGCACUCCUCGAUGGCCCGAAUCCACUCCAUGACUAUAGAAGCUCCCAUCACUAAGGUAAUCAACAUCAUCAAUGCAGCGCAGGAAAGCAGCCCUAUGCCUGUGGCAGAGGCCUUGGAUCGGGUACUGGAGAUCCUGAGGACAACUGAGCUCUACUCCCCACAGUUCGGCACCAAGGAUGAAGACCCCCAUACGAAUGAUCUCGUGGGGGGGCUGAUGACGGAUGGUUUACGCAGAUUGUCAGGAAAUGAAUACAUAUUGGCCACAAAACAGCCCCACCAUAUCCCCAGUCACUUGACAACUCCUCUGUCUUUAAAUGACAUCCCACCUCGUAUUGCCCAAACCAUGGAGAACGAGGAGUCUUGGGACUUUGACAUCGUCAACCUGGAGGCUGCAACCAUGAGACGGCCUUUGACCUACUUGGGCAUGAAGAUCUUCUCCCGAUUUGGGGUUUGCGAGUUCCUAAACUGCCCUGAGGCCACAUUGCGCUCCUGGCUACAAGUGAUUGAAGCUAACUACCACUCCAGUAACUCCUACCACAACUCUUCUCAUGCAGCUGAUGUCCUGCACGCAACGGCGUAUUUUCUCUGCAAGGAGAGGGUCAAGCAAAGUUUAGAUCCCAUUGAUGAGGUGGCUGCCCUGAUUGCGGCAACUGUGCACGACGUGGACCACCCAGGCCGCACCAACAGCUUCCUGUGCAACGCAGGAAGUGAGCUGGCCAUCCUCUACAAUGACACCGCCGUGCUAGAGAGCCACCAUGCAGCACUGGCCUUCCAGAUCACUACAAGAGAUGAUAAGUGCAACAUCUUCAAAAACAUUGAAAGGAAUGAAUAUCGAACACUACGACAGGCCAUCAUUGAUAUGGUGCUCGCAACUGAGAUGACCAAACACUUUGAACAUGUCAACAAAUUUGUCAACAGCAUCAACAAGCCACUGGCUGCUCUGGAGGAGAAUGGGGGAAACAAUGAUGAGGAAUCUGUCAAAAGCAUUCUGACAUCCCCAGAGAAUCGCAUCCUUGUCAAGCGGAUGCUGAUUAAGUGUGCAGACAUCUCCAAUCCAUGCAGGCCUCAGGAGCUCUGUAUAGAAUGGGCCGGACGCAUCUCAGAGGAGUAUUUUGCACAGACGGAUGAGGAGAAGAGACAAGGUCUACCAGUGGUUAUGCCUGUGUUUGACAGAAACACGUGUAGCAUCCCAAAGUCCCAGAUUUCCUUCAUAGACUACUUCAUUACGGACAUGUUUGAUGCAUGGGAUGCUUUUGCAGACCUCCCCAAUCUUAUGCAGCACUUGGACAACAACUUCAAGUACUGGAAAGGCCUGGAUGAGAGGAAGCUGCACAGCCUGCGACCGCCUCCAGAGUAGGCGCUGCAGUGUUUGGCCCUUGGACUCUGCAGUCCAGGGCAGCCCUCCUCUCUCCUGCUGGGGCGUCUCUCUCCCUGCCAGGCCAGCCAGCCAAAAGGCCUCCUCGCCUUCACUCUCUUGCUUCUGUAGCACGCCGAGCGUCCACAUGUCCGUCCAUACAGAAACCACAGAAGGACUUCCUGACAGACAGUUGCAGCAAUAACAUUGCUGGCUUUACAACCCUGUCAGAUGAGAACUGUGACAAACAGACACGGACAGCAUCCUUAUGAACUUCUCGUGCCUCUCAGGCAUUCGCAGUGUAGCUGGUCAACUGACAUGACUGAGAGAGGGUUCUAACAGGCCUCCUGGCAAAGCAUCCGUCCCCUAAUUACCACGUGGGCGCUGCCUGUGAAGUUGCUGUUUGAGUAAAAACUGCUUGUUUACUGAAGGAGCGAGCAACACUGGAGGAGUGGGUGGAAGUGUGGCCUGGAUAUGAAGUUGUCCAAUCCAUGUCAGGCCAUAUAAUCACCUUUGACCUCCAUCCCUGUGCUCGCAGCAAGCCAGGACUGCUCAUUCUGCCCCUGGAGGCCACACCAUGAAAGAACACUCCACUGCUUGUUUUGAUUUUUUUGUUUGUUUGUUUUUUUUUGUGCAAAAUUUUCAUGUGUAUUUCAAAAACCCAUCCAAGUUGACACGUAACUGUCAUAACAGACAUGGGGGGAUGCUUACUUUUUGGGUCAGGGAAUGGAUCUUUACUUUAGGCCACUGCUGAGACAAAAACCUCAACAUCAUGAUCAUAGGUAACUAAUUACAGAUGAUUUGGUAUGUUAAUUUUUCUUAGAUGUUCCAUAUUUUCUAUAUUAAAAUUCAUAAAUGAAUUAGUUGAUGAAUAAGAACAAAAUUAAUUUCAAAAAGAGAGAGAAAAGCCAAAGCUGAUGAAGACAAAAAAAAUAAUCAUAUAAAACAUUACCAUAUUAAACAUUUUUAUUUUCUUAUCAAAAGUACAGUACCAGUUUGAAUGAACACUUUUGUAUUGCACUGUAAACAAUAUUAGAAAUGUCUACGUCUCAGUGAUUUGUCCAGGGAUGGGAUGUUGCAUUGUAGAAUAAGCUGUUAUUGUUGAUCAUCGUGUGUGUGUCUGUGUGUGUGUGUGUGUGUGUGUGUGUGUGUGUGUGUGUGUGUGUGUGUGUGUGUGUGUGU